UUCAGUCUCUGUUUUCUACAGUGCGUCCUGAAACUUAAACGGAACUGGAGGGUAUUUUGAAGAAACAUCUCCGUAAAUUAUGCAUGUGAAGAUGUCAACUGUGCUUACUAACCUAAAAAAAAUAUCAGACGUUGACUUUGUUUUGAUAAACGUUUAUAUGUAAGAGAGGUUAAACAUCAUUUUCUUGCACUCACCGUUAUUAUCCAUGCAAUGUAAGAUAAACCCAUUAAAUCCUAGUUUAUUCCAUUUGAUCUGAUAAUCAAUCGCAUCGAUACACUUCAUUCUGCUAAUCCACGAGGAAUAACUGACGUCCAGAGGGGCAUGAUCUUUCUGCAAUGGCUAGCGUGCACGAACGUUUAUAUUUUAACCCCAUGAUCACAAAUGGAGUGGUCCAUGCCAAUGUCUUCGGUAUAAAGGACUGGGUCACUCCAUACAAGAUCUCAAUAUUAACUUUACUCUAUGAGAUGUCCACAACGAAACCCAUGGCACUUCUAGACAGAAGACGCCUGAAUAAACUCAUUUUACCUUUACAACAGGGUCAAGAUCUGACCCUAGAACAGUUUCUGAAGCUAGUGGAGGAGUGCUGUCUUCGGAUGGUCAAUGCUGUUAAACUCAGGUUGUUUAUGAUGGCUAAUGGAGAGUUGCAGGACAUGGAGCACUUCUUUACCAUUCUGCCAAAUGCUUUCAGUGACUCUGGGGCAUUCAAAACAAGCGUUGUAGGUCUGUUUAUGCGUCAGAUGCUGCUGGCCUAUAAUAAACUGUCCUUCAGUCAGGUGUAUAAGUUGUACAAGUCCCUGCAGCAGUAUUGCCAUUCUGGAGACCAACCUGAGCUGUCGGCACUACCUGCUGAAGACAUGGAACUGACGAGCAAUGAAGACCCCAGCGCUGACCACAUAGACAAACAUGAGCUGGACACAUCUUCUCUACACCAGUCUGAACUGAGGUCUGAUAAGACUGGAGGUCCUUUGUCUCAGAAACAGGCGGAAUAUUUCCUCACUCGCCAGGCAUACCUUCUGAAGAACGAUGAGAACAAGGCCAUGUCUCCGGCUAAGCUACAGUAUGAGCACAAUAACAUCCUCAAGUUCAACCCUGACUUUGCUGAAGCUCAUUACCUGAGCUAUCUGAACAGCAUGCGAGUGCAGGAUAUCUACAUCUCCACUCACAGCCUCCUUCACUAUUUUGACCGCCUCAUUCUCUCCGGUGCAGAGGGGAAGAGCAAUGGAGAUGAAGGCUAUGGCCGCAGUUUGCGCUAUGCUGUUCUGAAUCUAGCAACUUUGCACUGUCGAUUUGGACACUAUCAACAGGCCAAUCUGGCUUUGCAGGAAGCUAUUCGGAUUGCACAGGAAGCUAACGACCAUGUGUGUCUCCAACAUUGUCUGAGUUGGCUGUACACACUAGAACAGAUGAAAGGAUCGGAUAGUGUGGUACUAACUGAAGACUCUGUAAAAAUCGCUGCACACUUUUGUCUCCCUUAUUUAGCAUCUCUAGGCAUUCAAUCCCUGGUUCAGCAGGGAGCAAAGCAUGGCAUGCCAGCCAAUAAGCUGCUGGACACCCUGCGAGGGACCAACAUCAUGCACUGGAAGCAAAGCCUCUCUGAGCUCAUCGAGAUUAGCCUGGCCCAAACCACCUCCAUAUGGAGGAUGUAUGGCAAAAGCACUAUGUCACGGCAACAGGCUCAGCUCCUAUUAAAUAUGAACAGUCUGGAGCCGGUGAACUUUGGUGUACAGCAGAACAACACAGAGGCCUUUGCCGUCACCAUCUGCCAUCUGGCAGAGCUCCAUGCUGAUCAGGGCCUGUAUGAUGUUGUAGGCGACAUUAUGAAACACUUAAAGCAACAGUUCCCUCCUCAUACCCAACAUGCCAAGCUCUGGAUGCUAUGCGAUCUGAAAAUUCAGUUUGAGAAAGCUAUGAAUGAUGGGAAAUACCACUUGGCAGAACCUCACAUCACAGCUAUCUCUGCCUUAAAUAGCACAGAGGGAUUGUACAGAAAAGCCCAGUUGCUGAAAGCUCUAAAUCGGACAUCUGAGGCCUCUAAGAUUCUACAGCAUCUGCAUCAGCAGUGUGAGAAGAGUAAGAACACAGAGAUGAUUAUCAGGGUGAUGCUGGCCUCUGCAGAACUCCAUUGGGACUCGUCUGGUUUUGCGACAGCUCUGCCAUUAUUAUUACAGGCUCUUGCUCUGUCACGCCAACACAACCUCCAGAGAAUGGCCUCAGAGGUUGUGUUACACCUGGCAUUUACACAGCUUAUGUUGGGGAUCCCUGAACAAGCCCUUGUACUGGUGCAGGAUGUGUUGGAGUCUGUGUAUGCUCACGGGGCACUGAUAGACAAGGGCAGAGCUCUGUUACUGGCUGCUCGCUGUCAGAUGGCGCUGGCAGGAAUUGCUGCUCAAGAACACAAACUGUCUGCUAUGGAACUAGCCGUGCACACAUUGGAUGAGGCAGCGGUGUAUUUCUCCCGUCUUGACUGUAAAGAGCGGAUGAGAGAUAUAUACUACCUACAGGCAUGCUUGCAUCACACUCUGGGCAGCAUUUCCCAACGAAAUAAAUGUGCCAUGCUCUUCCGCCUCCUUGAUCAGGAGCUCCCAUCAUCCGGGAUCACUGUUGUCAAUCAUCUUUAGGCUGCUAAUGUCGCACUUGCAGACCACUAGGACAUAAAAUUAACAAUUUAUGUGUUAUAACAUACUGCGUGAGGUGUGCAUGCUAAAAAUAAAUUUUAUUUUGUGUAUGAAAACUACAUUCGUGGCCUUUUUAAUUUCUACAUGCAUGUAGAGUGGAACAGUUUUCGCCAAAAUACUACAUUAAAACCACUGUAAGUUAAUAAUGGAUCGCCUUCAAUGUAAUAAUAACACUAACUGGAAAGUACCAUAGUACUACAAUGUUUUUUGGAUAUGUAUCAUAUUGGACAUGUCAAUACGAUGUUUUUGGGACAUGAACCAUGAUAGUAUCAUUGUAUUCUUUGAAAGUAUAUUAAUGGUAAUUAUUCAGUACCAUGCUAGGUCUAUAUAUCAUGGUAUUACCAUCUGAAACCAUCACCAUACUGUAUCAAGGUACCACCAGAGUCCCUUUUUGUAAGGUAAGUUAAAUUUUUGUUCUGUUGCUACAGUGUUUUGGCUGAAAUUUGCAUUACCAUUGUAUAUUUUUGUAAGGGAGGUUUUGUACAGGUUCAUGAUUUUAAUAAGGAUUAAAGGAAUAUUCUGGGUUCAAAUAAGUUUAGCUCAAUUGACAGCAUGUGUGGCAUAAUGCUGAUUAACACAAAAAAUAUUUUCAAGUUGUCUCUCCUUUAAAAAAAUAAAAUAAAAUAAAGCAGCAAAAAUCUGGGUUAAAAUGAGGCACUUACAAUGGAAGUGAAUGGGGCCAUUUCGUAAACGUUAAAAUACUGUCUCAAAAGUAGCUACAAGACAUAAGCGAUAUGCGUAUUAAGCUAUAUAAUCAACUUUACAGCUCAAAUAAUACACAAGUUUUAACAGAAGAAUUCAAGUGCUUUUUGUGCUUUUUAUACAAUUAUGAGCUUCACACAGCUUCGGCCUUUGAACCCUCUAAAUAUGUGCCCCAUUGACAUCCAUUGUAAGCGAUUGUUUUUUUUUUUUUUAAAAGAGAAGAGUCGAAAUUAUUUCUUGUGGUUAUCAACAUUAUGCCACAAAUGCUGUCGAUUAAGUUGAACUUUUAUCAAACCCAGAAUAUUCCUUUAAAUAAGGAUUAAAUUCGGUAAGGCUGGUGUAAUACAAUGUAAUAACAAUGUAAUAAAAUCAGCU